AUGGUAGAGGCUUUGGUACCACUCCCUGAGAUUGAGAAACUGAGCGAUCGGGUAAUAAGAGUGCUUGGCACAAACACAUACAUCGUCGGCCGCGGACUAUCCCGCCUCCUCAUCGACAGCGGCGAGGGCAAACCCCAAUGGAUAGCCUCAAUCAAGACCCUCCUUUCCACCGAAAACAUCACCAUCGACAAGCUCCUCCUCACGCACUGGCAUCCCGACCACAUCGGCGGUGUUUCCGAUCUGCUCUCCCACUCGCCCGACACGCAAGUCUACAAAAACGAACCCCAUGGCGCCUGGCACCCCAUAACCGACGGGCAGAAGUUUGAAACCCAAGGCGCGACAUUGCGCGCGUUCCACUGCCCCGGCCACACAACCGACCACAUGGCCUUUGUGCUAGAAGAAGAAGACGCAAUGUUCACUGCCGACAACGUGCUCGGACAAGGCACAGCCGUCUUCGAGGACCUGACCGCCUACAUGAAGAGUCUAGACGCCAUGUCUUCGCAAUUCAAAGGGCGCGCGUAUCCAGGUCAUGGACCCGUCAUUCCAGACGGUCCAGCCAAGAUUGCAGAGUACAUUACGCAUAGGAAUCAGCGCGAACAGCAGGUUCUAGAUGUACUGGCAGCGAACGAAGGAGUUGAGAUGGGGUCAAUGGAUAUUGUUAAAGUCAUUUACAAGGAUUAUCCUGAGAAUCUCUGGGAGCCGGCGGAGAGGGGGAUUCGCCAGAUUUUAGAGAAAUUGAAGCGAGAGGGGAGGUUUGAGCAACCGCAGGGUGAUUUGGGUGGUGGUGGUGGUGGUGGUGCUGGUAAGGCUAGUCUUUAG